AUGAACGAUCCUUCUCCUGAUCUAAUAAAAGAUGCAGAAAUUCAUCAAUCAUUAAAUCAAAAUCAACUUUCAAACGAUGAACUUUUUCGUCAUGUUGAUAAAAAUAACGAUGGGAAAAUCGAUGUUAACGAACUAAUUCAAUUAUUAGAAAAAGGCCAUGUUGAAACGUGUCCUAAAAAGCGUGUGGCUAUCGCACGUCGUAUUAUUGAUCAAGGUAGCGGAUCAUCGGAUGCAUCGUCUCUUACGUUUCAACAAUUUGCUGAUUAUGUUUUAAAACAAGAAAAAAAACUUAGCUUAGUCUUUCGAAAUGUAGAUGCAGCGCAUCAAGGAAAAUUUGAUGCUGAAGAUUUAGUUUUUUAUUUUAAAAAACUGGGUAUUACGGUGGAAUUAGCUGAAGCAAAGAAAUUAGUUGAAAAAAUGGAUCAAGAUAAUUCUUUACAAAUAUCUUUUGAUGAGUGGCGUUCGUUUUUCAUGGCUAAUCCAGCGAUGCUCGAUAGUGUUACUAAUGAUCCACAUGAAAUGCUUCACUACUGGCGUAGUGCAUUGUAUGUAGAUUUAGGUGAGUCUCUUUAUGGUGCGCCUGAAGAUGCUUCAACUGAAGAUGGAAAAUGGUGGAAAAAUCUAAUCGCAGGUGGUAUCGCCGGCGCUGUAUCAAGAACAGCCACUGCUCCAUUUGAUCGACUUAAAAUUAUUAUGCAGUAUUUGGGCUCAAGACAACGGAUGUCAGUUUUAAAUGGUUAUCGGUAUUUAAUAAAAGAAGGUGGUGUCAGAAGCUUAUGGCGUGGAAAUGGUGUUAAUGUUUUGAAAAUCAUACCUGAAACAGCACUUCGAUUUGCCUUCUUCGAAGAAGCAAAAAAAAUAUUGAAAAAAAUGCAAAAUAAAGAAUUAAGUACAGAAACAACAAUUGCCGAACGAUUUGCAGCUGGAGCAAUCGCUGGUUUUCUUUCUCAAACAGUAGUUUAUCCAUUAGAUGUCUUAAAAGUGCGUUUAUGUUUAAGACGUACCGGUGAAUUUUCCCAUUGGACAGAUGCUGUUAAACGUAUGUAUCGCUUCGAAGGUCCCAAAGCUUUUUGGCGUGGUUAUGUGCUUAACCAAGUUGGUAUAAUACCGUUUGCUGGAUUUGACUUAGCAUGCUAUGAAACUUUAAAAAAUCUUUACAUCAAGAAACAUAACCAUCAAGAACCACCUAUAUAUGUAGUACUUGGUUGUGGUGCAAUUUCGUCGUUUACUGGUCAAUUAGUUACAUAUCCAAUUGCAUUGUUGCGUACACGUCGGCAAGGUCAAAUAGUACCAUUGCCAAAUAUGGAUCAGUCUAAAGCUCACCCAAUAAUACCAGCCACACAAAUGCUAAAAGAAAUAUGGCACAAUGAAGGCAUAGUUGGAUUAUAUCGUGGACUUGUACCAAAUAUUUUAAAAGUUAUACCAUCUGUUUCAAUAUCUUAUUUAGUCUAUGAAACAGUUAUAAAAGCUAUCCCGUGA